AUGGGAGCACAGACAUCAAAAGUUGCAAGAAAGUUGCCCACUAAAGCACGCCCAGAAACAUUAAAAAAUGUACCGACCGAAUCUCCAACGACGCUUGCAUCUACUGCUCCAGCCUUUGCAGAAUCGAAGACGGAACUCAUUGAAGAGGACGGACGCGAUCCUCAAUUGCAUGAAAAGUUGAAAUCGUUGGGUCCUGUCACCAUUCAACCCACAGUGACAAAAAUGAGAACGUCUGAUACCAUGUUGGGCAUUAUAAAAAAAAGAAACGAAGCAGAGCAGAAAGAGAUUAAAGGAUUGACUGUAUCUGAUGGUUUGAUUUCCAUCGAUUCACUAUUUACCCUGUUGGAACAACGCAAACGAUUAAAUCCUGGAGAGAUUGAUAAGCCAGAAAUCCGUCAAGCCUUAUUAAAAAAAUAUGAAAUCGACGAACCCACAUUAUCAACUUUAUUAAAUAACUACAAUACAAUGUCAAUAAUGCCUCCUGCGAUUGAUGAUAAAGAAGAAAGACGUGUCAGUGUAUGGAUCACCGACAAAGUGGAUUGGGAAACUCAGGUGCGAAAUGUCCAUGAGCGUAACGAAAAAAUUAAAAAGGAACGACAAGAGGCAAUCAAGGAUAAUAAUCGUGCGUUGAAGCAAGAGGGUGAAAAAGAAGAUCAAAAAUUGAAGGAUCUGUUUGAUGAAAGUUAUUAA